UUGUUAACGAUUCUCGUGAAGAAGCUGAAAGUCUUUUUUCUAAUGGAGCAAAAUCUAUUCUAUUGACAAAAACUGAUUGGACAUAUGAAGAGGAAUAUACGCAAUUGAAAGAAGCGAUUGAUGAAAUAUCCGCAAGAUCACGUGUUGAGGAAACGAAAAAGAUGAUCAAGUCUUUGGAGAAAUCCUUUCAAGCUCAAGUUAGCGAGUUCGUCGCUUUAUAUUUCAAAACACCCAAUCAAGACAUGUGGGCCAAGAUUCUCAAAAAGUUUGAGCAAGUCCUUUUUGACCAUGAACAAUUAUUAUUGAAACGUGCAAAAAGUUUUAAUUCUUCGGAAGAAGAAAACGCAAAAUCUAUUGAUAAUCUUCGCAAGCGUUCCUGGCAACAACUACGCAAAAAGAUAGAUGAUGAACUUGCUGACAAUAUGUUUUUACUUAAAUUACGUGAAAGAUUUGAGGAAAAAUUCCGGUAUGAUGAAGAAGGAUUACCAAAAGUAUGGAAACCCGAUGAUGACAUCGAUGCACAUUUCAGAAAAGCAAGAGAUGAG